AGUGCGUACCCUGUUGCGGAGCGGGUGAGGGUGUUGUCUGGCAUGUGCGAUCGCUGGAAUGUUCGUGCGGGUCGUCUUGGGCGGAACGUCCCCGUCGACGAGCACGUGGCGCAGGCGGUGGAGCGGCUGGCGGUGCGGCUGAGCCAGGUGCUGCAGCAGUCGGUGGGCGGCCACGACUCCCGUUUGGGCUGGUCGCUGGGCACGCAGGAUCGGCGUGCCGUUGGCUGGGGCGCAUCGAUGUCGCCGGAGACGAUGUCGCUUUUGGCGUCGGUGGCGUCGCCGCCGCGGCGGGGCGACCACCUGGAGCCGUUGGCCGCGUCGACGGCCUCUUUUGGCGGCUCGCUGACUGUGGUGGCCCGCCCACCGCCCCACUUGAAGUUUUUGCGCCGGUAA